UGGUGCCAGCUAAAGGAGGGUAUUUUAAAGAGCAGUUGUGGCGUAUGAUUCGCACAAUUUUUACUGGGUUUUCUAUUGAUUUCUGGUGUUGGAGCACUUAUUGAGGAUAGAGGAAUCAGUAAAGGACUUGGUUUACAUGAAAAAGUGCAGCCUAGCAUGGAAUCUAACACAAAGUUUAGAGAUGUAAAGGGUGUUGACGAGGCAAAACAAGAGCUUGAAGAAAUUGUCCACUAUCUUUGAGAUCCAAAGCACUUCACUCGUUUAGAUGGCAAGCUCCCAAAAGGUGUUUUGCUUGUUGGUCCACCUGGCACUGGAAAAACCAUGUUGGCAAGAGCUAUUGCUGGCGAAGUUGGGGUUCCUUUCUUCUCAUGCAAUGGCAGUGAGUUUGAAGGUAUGUUUGUUGGUGUUGGAGCUCGGAGAGUGAGACAUCUCUUUUCUGCAGCAAAGAAGCGGUCACCAUGUAUAAUAUUUAUUGAUGAGAUAGAUGCUAUAGGUGGAAUCCGUAAUCCUAAGGAUCGACAGUACAUGAAGAUGACUUUGAACCAGUUGCUAGUAGAGUUAGAUAGCUUUAAACAAAAUGAAGGAAUUAUUGUGAUUGCUGCAACUAAUUUCCCCGAAUCAUUGGACAAGGCGCUUGUAAGACCUGGACGAUUUGAUUGCCACAUUGUUGUUCCAAAUCCGGAUGUAGAAGGACGAAGUAAUAUUCUCUACCUAUAUGCUCAAAUACCUAAUUUACCUAAUUUUUUUCUUCUUAAAUUACAGGUCUUGAAGGCUGAUGAUGUUGAUUUGAUGAUAAUUGCUAGAGGGACUCCUGGCUUCUCAGGUGCUGAUCUUGCAAACCUAGUCAAUAUUGCUGCGCUGAAGGCUGCAUUGGAUGGAGCCAAAGCUGUGACAAUGGCUGAUCUGGAGUAUGCAAAGGACAAGAUCACGAUGGGAAGUGAACGCAGGUCAGCUGUCAUCUCUGAUGAAUCACGGAAACUGACAGCUUUCCAUGAGGGUGGUCAUGCUCUUGUGGCCAUCCAUACUGAUGGGGUGCUUCCAGUUCACAAAGCAACAAUAGUUCCCCGAGGAAUGUCCCUUGGCAUGGUUGCCCAAUUGCCUGAUAAGGAUGAAGCUGCAAGCAUUUCCCGCAAGCAGAUGCUUGCUCGGCUUGACGUUUGCAUGGGGGGAAGGGUUGCAGAAGAGCUCAUCUUUGGAGAAAAUGAAGUUUCUUCUGGUGCGUCUUCUGAUCUACAGCAAGCAACUAAACUUGCAAGAGCAAUGGUUACAAAAUAUGGCAUGAGUAAGGAAGUUGGUGUUGUCACUCACAAUUAUGAUGACAAUGGUAAGAGCAUGAGCAUAGAGACUAGGCUCCUUAUUGAGAAAGAAGUGAUAUACUUUCUGGAAAGGGCUUAUAACAAUGCAAAAACUAUUCUCACCACCCAUUCCCAUAGCAAGGAGCUUCAUGCACUGGCUCAUGCAUUGCUUGAGCACGAGACGCUUACUGGAAAUCAGAUCAAAAGUGUACUUGCCCAAAGUCAAUUCACAGCAGCAGCAACCUCAGCAGAUAGUUGCACAAUAGAGCAGUUCACAAUCCAACCCAGUGCAACCUCCAUCAACUCCUAAUCCAGCCGCAUCAGCUGCUGCAGCUGCAACUGCUGCAGAUAAGGCCAAAGGGAUUGCACCUGUGGGAUCUUAGUCUGGGAGAGGCUGGUAAGGCCUCGGCUAUUUAUUGAAUUGAAUGUGCAUAGUUUAGUUACUGACUGGCCUUUUUGUUCGAGAACUGUAGUCCCU